AGCCCUUCCCUUCCGACGACCACGAAGUCCACGAUCCCAAACCCUAGAGAUUGAUCGCCGCCCGCUCAUGGCCAUGCGACUCGCUGAGGCGGCCAUGGAUUUCUCUCACCGUCGCCGCCGUUGGAUCCUCGCCGCCGUGGCUGGAUACGCCGUAUACCGCGCUUACCACCUCCCAUCCGUGGCUCGCCGCCGGCGCAAGUUCAUUGCCCUUGUUCGCACCCUCGUUGCACUUGUCAACGCGGUUGGAUCAUCCGCCGAGACCUUAGCUUUGGUCUCCUCUGAGAUCAACCUCUUCCUUCGCUCCGACUCCGGUGACCUCCUUCCCCCUUCGUUGGUUCAGCUCUCCAAGAUAGUCUGCUCUGACGAGGUCUCGACCUCCGUUUCCCGCAUCUCCGAGGCGGUGACCGUCGGGGUGGUUCGAGGAUUCUCGAAAAGCCUCUCCGGGUCGGCAGACGGGCCGAAUUUUUCGGAUCGGGUGGUGGAUAAGCUCUUCUCCGACUCCGGAAAGGGGUUCGCUUCGGUGGUCGUCGGGAGCUUUGCGAGGAAUCUUGUGCUGGGUUUCUAUUCGAGUGAAUCAGGUAAUAAGAUAGCCGGAGAUUCAAGGCUGGAGGCGGUGCCGGAGUGGGUUCAUUUGAUUUGUGGAGAUAAGUUUAGAAAUCUCAUCGCCGAUUGCAUCCAGAGGUUUGUGAGCACUGCCGUCACGGUUUAUCUUGAUAAGACGAUGGAGAUAAAUACUUACGACGAGCUGUUCUCCGGGCUCACAAAUUCCAGGCAUGAACCAAAGUUGAAGGACCUCUUGGUCUCGGUCUGCAAUGGCGCUGUGGAAACCUUAGUUAAAACUUCGCAUCAAGUCAUCACCACUUCAAAUUCGAGCUCCUCUGUCAGUAAACCUGAAGGAUUUAAAGCAGAGGAUGAUGUUCCAUAUAAGAGAAAUUCAGUGUUUGAGAAUGGUGAGGCUGGUGGUGGUUGGGUGGAUAAGGUUUCAUCAACACUGGCUGUUCCAAGAAAUAGGAAAUUUGUUCUGGAUGUUACUGGGAGGGUGACAUUCGAGACGGUGAAGUCUUUCCUUGAUUUUGUGAUGCGGAAGUUGUAUGAUGGUGCGAAGAGAGGUGUCAAUGUUGUUCAUGAGGAGGUCUUGCAAUUGAUGAAGUAUAUUUGUGCCAGGUCUAUGACAAUUGUGACCAUAUGCAUUACAUUGUGCAUGCACUUAUUGGUCGGAGCAAAGCUUCUGAUACCAGCAUAGCAGUUGGCAUACUGCCUAUGCCAAGUAACUUCAUCCUGGUAUAUCAAAUGAUAAAGGGGUUUAUAUUUUAAAGCGAAAGUUCCAUGGAGGUAGAAUUUCACAUUUUCUUAGCUGUUUAGUUGAUUUGAAGGCUGGGCCCUUUCUAAAUGAAGAGAUCACUGACUAUGGUAUUGUAUGUAGAUCAAUAUGAAACGGCAGGAUUGAUAUGUCACAGAACAUGUUGAUUCCAAGUACUAUAAUUUUUCCUUUGAACUAAUGGAGAGAAACUGUGUCCUUACAUAUGUAGUAAAGAUGUCUUUUAUUGUCAAAUUGUAGUUGUUGUUAUUGGAAAUUCUGAAUAAUGUCUGGUUCUAUAAAUUUCAGCUGGUCAUGUAUUCUUAAGGAACUCUAAAAUUUCACAUCUAGAACUUGGUUCUUUGCAAGGUUCUGA